UUGUUAACGUGCUAUAAUGCGCUACAUGACUAAGGUAACUUACACUGCCCUCUUCGAGACCGUCUGAGAUACCGGUGUGGUUAUUAGACAUCUUCACGAAAGACUUUGAGAUUGAAACCCGGAAGUACAAGAAUAAACGAGCAUUUGCCUUGCCUUUGAAGAAUGGCACAGGAAGGGACCCCAGAUAAAAGUUCCGAUGCCUCCGCAACUGAAGUUAGUCAGAUCAUAUUUGGUGAAAAGAACUUGGAGUAUCAGAUCGAACAGUUUCUUAGCUCCGGUGGCCAGACUGUUAAUAUUCUACUGAGUGGCAAGACAGGAGUUGGCAAGUCACAUUUGACAAAUGCGCUCAUUGGAGAAAACCUUGCGGUAGAAGGAUAUGACAUCGACCCACAAACUGAUGACGUAACUGCUUACGAGGUUGUCAGAAACGGCGUAACUAUUACAGUGUUCGACACUCCAGGACUUGCAGACGCAACCGGCAGUGAUGAAGAAUACCUGCAGAAAAUCAAGGAGAAAGUAACCCACUUGGACUUGUUUCUAUUCUGCACUGAGAUGACCAGUAAGCGAUUUCGCACCGACGACUUGGAAACGAUGAAGAAGCUUACAGAAGCCUUGGGGGAGAAACUUUGGGAACAUGCUCUUGUGGUUUUAACCUUUGCAAACGAAGUUCCAUUAUCGCCAGCUAAGAAGAUGGUUGACGUACCUGAAGUAACCGUUUUCAAUAAUCGCUUUUUAGGUUUCAAGAAAGCGAUAAACAAACAUUUGGUUGCCAUAGGGGUACCAGAGAUAACCGUGACUAAUGUGCCAUUUACGCCAGCCGGAGAGUUGGAUGAUCCAAGACUUCCAGAUAGAGAAGACUGGUUGACAGCAUUUUGGAUCGCAGCUUUCAAACGUAUCAACAGGAACGCAAAAGCUGCUUUCCUAAUGGCAAAUGUCGAUCGCAUUUCACUUUCCUCCACCUCUGGUGAAGGAAACGAAGAAAGCAAAGUAAGGAAAGAUGGCAACGUUUGUCAAUCUUUAACCACCGAAGAAAGGAAUGCAAUCAAAGAAUCAGGAGGAAAAUUGAAAGAAAGUGGCUUUGACAAAAAAUUGAGCCGCUGUUUUGAGAAAAUUGAGAUGAAAACUAAAGAGGAGUGCCCCACAUCACCUGGCCAAGGCGCAAAGGUGUCAGGCCCCUCCAUCAAUGCGAACGAAACCUUCUCUGAAGAAAUCUUUAAGGAGAUAAUAAGCGAUGUAUCAGGGCAAUUCAUUGUCGAGCUAACCAGUACUAAGAAAACUAAGACUUCGGAUGAACCCGAUGAGGAGUGCCCCACAUCACCUGGCCAAGUUGCAAAGGUGUCAGUCCCCUUCAUCAGUAAGAACGAAACGUACUCUAAAGACGUCAAGAAGGAGAUGUUGGCCAAUGUAAAAGGGCAAUUCAUCGGUGAGCUGACCAGUGCUAAGAAGAAAACUGAGACGUCGGAUGAACCUGAAGACGAGUGCCCCACAUCACCUGGCCAAGAUGCAAAGGUGUCAGGCCCCUACAUCAAUAGGAACAAAACGUGCUCUAAAGACGUCAAGAAGGAGAUUUUGGCCGAUGUAACAGGGCAAUUCAUCGGUGAGCUGACCAGUGCUAAGAAGAAAACUGAGACGUCGGAUGAACCUGAAGACGAGUGCCCCACAUCACCUGGCCAAGUUGCAAAGGUGUCAGGCCCCUUCAUCAAUAGAAACGAAACGUGCUCUAAAGACGUCAAGAAGGAGAUGUUGGCCGAUGCAACAGGGAAUUUCCUCGGUGAGCUAACCACUGCCAAAUUUGGUGGAAAGUACGGAAUAUUCCUCCGCUUCCUUUUGAAGUAUCUUAAGAAGCGUUUCCCACUUUUCGUUUCAAAGCCUAGACUAGAAGGCAUGAAGAAAUGAUCACGUGGUGACCAAAUAGAGAGAAAGAGAGAAACUGUGUGCCUUUAAAAAUAUCAACCAGUUAGACUAUGAACAUAUAAUCUAUAAAUCAAAUUGGACUCUGUAUCCUCAAAAAGGUCAUGCCACGUUUCUGAAAUCAAACGAGCUAUUGGAAAAAGGUUCAAAUAGAUAGCAUAUUAUAUGUAGGCUCGUUAGAGGUCCAAGCGACUUUUUGUUUCAAGACAAGACGAGUUAAAGUUGCUGAGUACAAUGAAGUUAUUUGAUACAGAGGACCGAUUUAUAAAACUUUGAAAAAUGUAUUUUUUUUUUUUUUAAAUUCAUGUUAUUAGUAACACCAUCGGAAGAAAACGAUUA